AUGAAUUCGUCGAAUAAUGAUGCUCUUCUUGAUAUUUCCGUUUUACCUAAAGAUAUUUUUGAACGCGUCGAUCGCGAGUUUUAUGAUGCCGUUAAAUCAGUAGUAGGUGAUUCAUUGGUUAAAAUUUUGAAAAUACAAUUAAUAAAUUCUGCUGGAAAAUUGUUAAAUACUCCCGAUUUAUUUGCUUUUCUCAAUUUUGAUUCAGAAGAAACCGAUGCCAUUAAACUUGAAUCAUAUUUUAAAUCUAAAACUGGACAAUUGGUUAUCAAGCCAGGCAUUCAAAGUAGUUCUUCAUAUCUUAUAAAGCUAUUGAAGAAAACAUUAAAACAAAAACAAGAAUCUGCAUCAAAAGAAAAUAAUGACAAUUAUCAAAAUUAUGUAACUGAUGAAUUUCUUGAUAGGAGAUAUUCAUUUAGGAUGUCUAAAUCAUAUUCCGUAGAGGAAAUACAACAUAUCUAG